AUGAUACAAAAUGAUGCAUUUUGCCAAGAACAUAAUGAUUAUAUGAUCGAAGUAGUUUGUGUUGAUUAUAUGACUUAAGAAUGUAAAUAUAUGUGUAAAAAGUGUUAUAAGUUAUUUAAUAAGUCUAAUACAGAAUCAAAGGAGUAAGAAUUUUAAAUAAAAUAAAAAUAAUUUAGGCAAAAUUAUGAGACGGAAAAAGCAAACCUGAAUAAGUAAUUUUAACAAAAAAUUGAAUCAUUAUAGAAGGAACUUAAUUAAGAAAUUUAAUAACAUUUGGAAAAAAUCAAGGAUUCUUUUUCUAAAUCAUUAAAAUUAAUUGAAGAGUUUGAGCCUUAAUUAUAAACUAAAGAUAAAAAUAAACUUCGAGAUAUAUUAAAGGAAUAGUAAAAAAAAAUGAAUGAAAUCAGAAUUAAUUCUAUAAACGAAAAGGCAAGUUAUUUACAUGAGUUAAAGAAUAAGCUUAUUGAUAAGGCUCUUAAUUUAGAAAAUUAUAUAUUUUCAGAACAUCUCCUGGGAUAAUAAUUAUAUCAAAUUCCAAAUCUUAAAUAAAUAUUUGAAAAUUUUGAUUCAAAUAAUUUAUUAUUGUCAUUUGAGCUGCAUUACCAUCUAAAAUAUCAAUAUAUUACUGAAGAAGAUAUUGUAAAAAGGCUAUAAUAAUAUUCAUCAGAGUUGGAAACAUUAGAUGAGAGCAAUAAGGAAAUGAAGAAAAAUAUAGAUGCAUAAUAUAAAAAAAUAGAAUAAGAAUUAGAAAAAUAAAAGUAAUCAAUGUUAGCUCGAUUUAGAAAAUAUCAGGUUUGGAUAGAUGAAAAAAAUAAGAAAAUUAAUGAAACUAGUAAAUUGAAUAAAGAAAAUUACACCGAAAUUUAAAUGAUUAAAAAUGAAGAUUUCAUAAAUUUAAUAAAUAAUGAAUUAGCAAAUAUGUAGUUAAAGAAUUAACAUGAUGAAAUGAGAGAAACUUUAAGCAAAAUUUGCCAUCUUGGUCAUUAUGAUAUUGGAGUAAGCUUAAAAGAAAUAGAAAGUAAAUUUAUGGUCAAAUUUAUUCCAAAAACAAUAUUAUACAAUAUAGAUCGUAUGGAAAAUAAUAUAACUUCAUACUAUCCUUAAGCAACAUAAAUGAUAGGAAAUUUGAAUGAAAAUGGAAAUGUAAUCAAUAUUUUUAUAUUUAGUUUGUGGGAACUGCUAUUAUAUAAGAAAAUAAUUAAUAAACUUUAGUUAAUUUAUCUAAUAAUGAAACACAAAUAGGAAGUUCUGUUUCGGAAAUCUAAAAUAGAGGUCUGUUUAAUUUUGAUUUAUUAACAUUUUUCCCAUAGAGUAAUAACUUAUUUAGUUAUAAAUGUAAAAUAGAAAGUGCAGAAGAAUCAUAUAAAGAUAAUUAGGAUUAAUGGGAACUUAUAAAAUCUUAAAAUAAUAGAGUUAAAAAGUAUACUUUUAUUGUUUAUCGAAAUAAAUAAAAAACUAUUGAAUUUAGAGAUAUUGUGAUAAAUUAAUAAGGAAGAAUAGAUGAAAAUAAUAAUGUCGAAGUGAUCUAUUCUGAUUAGAAUCAUAAAUAUGAAGGUUAGAUAAAUAAUAGUUUUAAAUAUUUUGGUAAAGGAAAGUUAACAUAAAAUGGAAUUAUUAAAGAUGGAAUGUGGAGAGAUGGUCUACUUGAAGGGGAAGGAAAUAUUAUAGAAAAUGAUAAAAAAAUAUAUUUUGGAUCUUUUAAAGAUGGAUUAAAACAUGGAUAAGGAACAGAAUUUUUGAUUUCAGACUUUUAGUAUUAAAUUCUUUUAUUUUAGUUAUCAGGGUCAAUUUGAAAAAGAUGUAAAACAUGGUUAAGGUAAAAUUUUAAAAAAAGUGGGUAAUGAAUUUUUAACAAUUGAAGAAAAUGUUAUAUGGAAAAAUGGUUAAUCUUAAAGUGAUGUUUGCAAUAUAUAUUGA